AUGUACGGUCGCCCUUCUAGCUCCUCCGGCGGCGCCUGGGGUCAGCCGCCGCAGCAACCUCAAGGCACUAAUUUCUAUCUCCAAAACCCCAUCAAUUCGUCGUAUAUUUAUCCUUCAAACACCCCCUUUAUACCCCAAAAUGCCCACAACCCCUACCAAAAUUUCCCUCCUAAUAAUUUCCCAAUCCAAACCCCUAAGUUCCCUGUCCAAAACCCUGGAUUUAAUCCUCCUCCACAGCAGUUUUCAAACCCGGCAGGGUUUCGGCCUCCGAACUCGAGAGAUAUGCUCGAGAGAAUCGACCGCGCCGUGGGGAAGGCUCGCGACGAACAUGCCGCUGCUGGAGAGAACGUCUCGGCGUGGAAGGUCUCGCAGUCUGUGCUUCUGAUACUCAAGGUUGAUUGCUGGAGCUCUCUGGGGUUUCAAAUGCAGCAAGUGCCGACAUUGCACCGCCUCAUGCUCACCGAAGGGAAGAUAAAUGCAUUUAUCCAUUGUUUUGUUGGGGCUCGAAGAAUUACUUCAUUGUAUGAUUUGGAAGUAGCAAUCUGCAAGAAUGAAGGAAUUGAGCAGUUUGAAGAGCUGGGAUUGGGCCCUUUGUUGCGACAUCCACUUGUUAUGCAUUAUUUCUCAGUGAAGUCUGAUACAACUGAAGUAUUUAAGAUAACUAGUGGGGAGAUGAUAUCUCUACUUUCUGAGUUCAUGGAUACUUGUGAAAAUAAAGAUAUUAGGGUUGAAGAAUAUUUAGAUUUCAUUGUUAAGAAGCGAUCAGUUGCAAGCAAGGAAGCGCUUGGAAUACGAAUUCACAGCAUGGGGAUGCAUAUUUCUGCCAUCCGGAAAGCCAGGAAUCUAGAAAUUUCCACUCUAAAGAAAUCGGAGAAGGCAUUUCAGCCAAAUUCAGAUAAAAAGGAUAGGAAGUUUCCACUUUUAUCUGCAGAGAAAAAGGUGUUAGACAAACGUUUCAGCACUAUUUCUCAGCGCGUUGAAUCGUUUUCCCCCAUACAUAAGGAUUUUUGUGGCAAGCACAUUAGAUUUGAUCCUUCAAGCUCAGAGGAUGAAGGUAGGGAUGAUUAUUUAUCUGAAGAGAAUGAUGAAAAUAAUGACCAUGUAACAGGCAGUCAGGUUAACUUCUCAUCACAGUCUGUUAAAAGUUCUGACCGGGUGAGUAGUUGUCCUUACCCGUCUGUAAUAGAAGAGAGGAGAAGGCUUGGGUUGAGCCAGCUUUCUCCAGCUAGUGGCAGCCAAAAGCACAAUGAUAGUAGCGGGUCAGUUAAAAAGAAAAGAAAAUCUGAAAACAUAAACAGUGCAAUCUCCAUGCCCCACAAACUGCGUAAGAGAGAUAAGGUACAAGAUGCCCUUCCAAUGGAAAAUGGCAGGGAAACCAAUGAGGUUAGCAAUUUGCAUGAAAAUGAUCUUUCAAUUGACAAUAAUGAUUUGAGGAUGUUCAUUACAACCUGGAAGGAGGCAUGUCUGGAGUACACUGUGGAUGAGGUACUUGAUAGGAUGCUGCAGUUUAAUAAUACUAAAGCUCAGAAGAGAAAGAAAAUCAAGUCAAUGUUUUCUUUGUAUCCAUUAAUUGGAUUACUAAAUGUUGCUGUCUCAUCUAUCAAAUGUGGAAUGUGGGAUAGCAUGUAUGACACAUUCCAAACCAUUGGUCAAUAUGAAUUAACUGACAGUAUUGCUGAUAACUGUCCCGAAUAUGUGAACAUAGAUGUUGAACCAAGUACUAAAGAUGAGCCAAGAAUUAAGGAUCCAGCAGUCAUCAAUGAACGUAUUGUUGAGCACAUUCAGAGUGUUUCUGUUGAGGACAUAAUCAGGAAAGUUACUGUGUAUUUCGAGAGUGAUCAAGGAAAACAUAACAAUGGUCAAUCACUUCUGGAGAAGAUGUUUAUCUUCUUGAGGAAGCUUUGCAAUUGCGAGGUUUGGUUGGUGAAAGAAUUUUGUGUAAAGGAAUUUAAAUCCCUCGGUUAUGGGGAGUUUUUGAUGUUCUUAGAAAAAUAUGCUGGUCUACUGCCACAUGAGCUGUGCAAGUUCCUGACUGGUGACUUGAGUGGAAAGUGUCCUUUCGAGGUUUGCAUGCUCCAGCACCAUUUGGUUGUUUUAGUAUCUCAAGCCUUAAAUAGUUUAUGGGAAGAUGAAAAAGUUACCAAACAAAAUAUAUUGUUGCUGCUUAGGAAGCAGUUCCCUUUGGUUUGUUUCAAAACUAUCGAAAAUGGUUCAGUGGAAGAUUUCUUAAGCAUAGUGGGAAAACAUAAAAAUGCUGCGAGUUCAAAAUGUGUUUUAUUUUCAAUGGCACUGUGUGGAACUAGUUAUGCUAUAGAGUCAUCAUUACACAUUGAGAAUGUCCUAUGGAAAAGAACUUCGGUCAAUACUGACAGUGGCCAGAAAGCAAAGUCCCAUGAAUCUGUUACAUCCAAGGAUGCAAUUGAAGUUUUACUUACAGCACCAGUGAUGUCAGAUUUAAAUUUAUGGUCGCAUUGGGACCUAUUGUUUGCUCCCUCUCUUGGCCCUCUUGUACCAUGGCUAUUGAAUGAAGUCAACACAGAUGAACUGUUGUGUUUGGUGACAAAAGGUGGAAAAGUGAUUCGGUUAGAUCAUUCAGCUACCGUGGAUUCAUUCUUGGAAUCUGCACUUCAAGGAUCCUCUUUUCAAACAGCAGUGAAAAUGUUAUCUCUCUUUUCACUAGUUGGGGGAGAAAAACAUGUCCCUGUGUCGCUUUUGAAAAUUCAUAUAAAACAUGCAUUUGAAGUAAUUCAGAAGAAUUAUCUAGACGAUAUAGAACUACAAGACAAUAAGAAUUCCAUUAAUUAUGGAAAAGCACUAUCUGGACAAAAAAUGGAUGGUGAAGUUGCUACUGGUAAAUUCUGUAGUAAAUUACACAAGGACUUGAGCAAGAUGAAUAUUGCAACAACUGUUAUAUCAAGAUUUUUCCUUGAAUGUCUUGGGUAUCUACCUGCAGAAUUUCGUUAUUUUGCUGCUGAUGUAUUGCUUUCUGGGAUGCAGUCUGUUGUUAAACAUGCUGCUUCAGCUGUUCUGAAUGAAUGCAGCCAGUCAGAGCAGCGUCUCAUGCUUCAUGAAGUUGGGUUGUCUCUUGGUGUAGUGGAGUGGAUUAAUGAUUACUAUGCAUUUUGUUCCAGUGAUGCUACUGGCUUGUUCAUAUCAGGGGCUUCAUGUUUCAAUGCUAUUAGGUAUGAAACAGGGUCAAGCUCAAAGAAUAUGCAAGAUGUGUCAGAUAAGUAUUCCGUUAGGGCAGAUGAGCAGAAAGGCGGAUGUACUGAUAUUUGUUUGAAGAUUGGUGGGGCAGAAGCCUCUGAUGCUAGUAUUAGCAGUGGUUACAUGCAACAUCCUACUGAGCUUAAUGAACAUGAAGAUGCAGCCGAGGUAAUUGAGUCAAUCAGGAGAGAUGAAUUUGGUCUUGAUUCAGGCCUAUCAAGUGUUGAAAGUAUCAUGUUAAAGAAGCAGCAUGCUCGCUUAGGGAGAGCUCUUCAUUGUCUUUCACAGGAAUUGUAUUCACAGGAUUCACAUUUUCUUCUUGAGCUGGUUCAAAAUGCUGAUGAUAAUACCUACCCAACAAAUGUAGAACCAACUCUAACAUUCAUUCUUCAAGAGUCAGGUAUUAUUGUUUUAAAUAAUGAGCGAGGCUUCUCUUCCCGGAACAUUAGAGCACUUUGUGAUGUUGGAAGUUCAACCAAGAAAGGAUCUAAUGCUGGAUAUAUAGGUCAGAAGGGCAUUGGUUUCAAAUCAGUUUUUCGGGUCACAGAUGCUCCAGAAAUUCAUUCCAAUGGGUUUCACAUCAAGUUUGAUAUAAGUGAGGGUCAGAUUGGUUUUGUUUUGCCAACAGUUGUACCUCCCUGCAAUGUUGACUUGUUUAGUAGGCUUACUUCUAGUGACCAUGAUCAAUCAGAUAAUAACUGCUGGAAUACUUGCGUUGUUCUUCCUUUCAGAUCAAAAAUAUCAGAUGGAACUGUCAUGAAAAGCAUUAUAAAUAUGUUUUCAGAUCUUCAUCCAUCUUUAUUACUCUUUCUGCACCGCCUCCAGUGUAUCAAGUUUAGAAACUUGCUUGAUGAUUCCCUUACUGUCAUGAGAAAAGAAAUUUUGGGAGAUGGUAUUGUUAAAGUUUCACAUGGGAAAGAGAAAAUGACAUGGUUUGUAGUAUCUCAGAACUUGCAAGCAGAUUUUAUUCGCAGUGAUGUACAAACAACAGAAAUUUCAAUAGCAUUUACAUUGAAGGAAUCAGAUAACGGUGAUUAUGAUCCAGAUCUUGUCCAGCAGCCUGUUUUUGCAUUUCUUCCUCUUAGAACAUAUGGACUGAAAUUUAUUCUUCAGGGUGAUUUUGUCCUUCCUUCAUCUAGAGAGGAAGUGGAUGGAGAUAGUCCCUGGAACCAGUGGCUGUUGUCAGAAUUUCCUGGUUUAUUUGUCAAUGCGGAGAGAUCUUUUUGUGCUCUUCCGUGCUUUAAAGAGAAUCCCGGGAGAGCUGUGACAGCUUAUAUGUCUUUUGUUCCCCUUUUAGGUGAAGUGCAUGGUUUCUUUUCUUCUCUUCCACGGUUGAUUGUUUCUAGAUUACGUAUGACAAAUUGCUUACUUCUGGAAGGAGGAAAUAAUGAAUGGGUUCCUCCUUGCAAGGUCCUAAGAGGUUGGAAUGAACAUGCUCAUUCGCUUCUUCCUGACAGUUUACUACGAGAGCAUCUUGACCUUGGAUUCUUGGAUAGAAAUAUAGUUCUGCCAGAUCCACUUUCAAAUGCAAUAGGUAUUGUGGAGUAUGGACCCAAAGUUCUGCUUCAAGUUAUGGUAUCUUUAUGUCAUACACAAAAUGGUCUCAAAUCAAUGGGGUUGGGUUGGCUGGCCUCUUGGCUAAGUGAACUUUAUGCCAUGUCAUUCAAUUCUUCUGUGGAAGCUUCUUUUGAUCCGAGAAUACAAAUGGAGCUUAUAGAAAACCUUCAAAAAAUUCCUUUCAUUCCUCUUUCAGAUGGUACAUAUGGUGCAGUAGACGAAGGCCCAAUUUGGUUACAUUUUGAUGCCUUAAGCAAUGGCCUUGAGGCUCAGGAUGGACUUGAGUCUUUCCCAAAUUUAUAUGCGAAACUUCGGAUCGUAAGUCCUGCCCUCAUUUCUACAGUGUCUGCAGAUAUGUCAUCCAUGGAUGUGACAGUUGAUAAACUCACAUGUAUGCUCUGUAGAAUUGGUGUCCAGAGGUUGUCUGCACAUGAAAUUGUCAAGGUACACAUCUUGCCUGCUAUAUCUGAUGACAGAAUUACAGAUUGGGAUAAGAAUUUGGUGAUUGAAUAUCUCUGCUUUGUAAUGUUCCAUAUACAGUCGAGCUGCUCUGAUUGCAAUGUUGAAAGGGAAUACAUAAUCUCAGAAAUACGAGAUAAAGCUUACAUAUCAACAAAUUAUGGCUUUAAGCGGCCUUCUGAGGUAUCAAUUCAUUUCAGUAAAGAAUUUGGAAAUCCUGUGGACAUAAAGAAGUUGAUUAAUAUGGUGGAUAUAAAGUGGCAUGAGGUUGACAUCUCCUAUUUGGGACAUCCAGUCACAAAACCACUCCCAUGUGAACUGAAGAAGUGGAGGGAAUUUUUCCAGCAAAUUGGGAUAAUGGAUUUUGUCAAAGUAGUGCAAGUUGAGAAGGGAAUUGCUGAUAUUUCUGAUGCACUAGUUAAGAAUGUGAUUUGGGAUAAGGACUUAAUUUCCCUUCGAUCAAAUGUCACAGAUUGGGAGUCCCCUGAAUUGGUCAACUUAUUAUCUCUAUUGGCCAGAGAUGGAAACAAAAAAGGUUGUGAAUAUCUCUUAGAGAUUCUUGAUACUUUAUGGGAUGGUUGCUAUGGUGAAAAAACUACAUGUUAUUGUGCUUCUAAAUCUGAAGCAGACGGAAGGCCCUUCAAAUCUUCAUUUAUAAGUAGCAUCUGUGAUGUGGAAUGGGUGGUAUCAACGAUGGAUGAUGUACUGCACUAUCCUAAAGAUUUAUAUCACGAUUGUGAUGCAGUGCGCUCGAUUCUGGGGGCAUCUGCUCCAUUUGCUAUCCCAAAGGUUAGAAGUGAGAAGUUUGUGCUUGAUAUUGGGUUUAAGACAACAGUUUCCCUUGACGAUGUUCUGGAGGUCUUGAAGCUAUGGAGACGUGAGAACCCAUUCAGUGCCAGCCUAGCACAAAUGUUCAAAUUUUACACAUUAAUCUGGAAUGAAAUGGCUGCUUCAAAGGAGAAAAUUGCAGAGGCUUUCCAUUCAGGACCUUCUAUAUUUGUUCCACACGCAUCUAGCUUCAGGCACGAGGAUGUGGUAUCUGGUACAUUGUUGUCCCCUGAAGAAGUGUAUUGGCAUGACUCCACUUCCUUUGUAGACCAAAUCAGGGAGAUUCAUCGUCAGUGCAGCUCAACAGGUGUUACUCAUGGCCCCUUGAAUAAGACACUUUGCAAUUUCUACCCAGGCCUUCAUGACUUCUUUGUUGACGGCUGUGGAGUACAUGAAACCCCUCCUCUCCGGAGCUACCUUCAGAUAUUGCUGCAUUUAUCAAAUGUUGCUUUGCCUUCACAAGCAGCUAAUGCAGUUUUUCAAGUUUUCCUGAAGUGGACUGAUGGACUAAAAUCAGGAUUGAGUGCUGAAGAUGUUGUUUACUUGAAAGAUUCACUUACAAAGAUUGAGUGUACGGUGCUUCCUACUGUACAGGAUAAGUGGGUUUCUGUACAUCCUUCCUUUGGUCUUGUGUGCUGGUGUGAUAAUAAGAAAUUAAGCAAGCAGUUUAAGCACUUGGACUGCAUUGAUUUUCUGUACUUCGGUGAACUGAGCAAGGAUGAUGAAGAGAUGCUAUGUACAAAAGUCUCCAUCCUCAUGCACACUUUAGGGAUUCCUGCUCUUUCAGAGGUUGUAACUCGUGAGGCAAUAUACUACGGUAUGGAAGACUCUAGCUUUAAAGCUGCAUUGCUGGAUUGGGCUCUUCCAUACGCACAGCGCUACUUACAUGGUGUACACCCAGAUAAAUAUUCUCAACUCAAGCAGUCUGAAUUUGAUAUCCUUAAUCGCCUGCAAGUAGUAGUUGUUGAAAAGCUGUUCUACCGGAAUGUUAUAAAGAGUACUGGAAAUGAAUCCAAGAAGCGAGUUAAAUGUAGUUGUCUUCUGACGGGUAGCAUUUUGUAUACAACACAAGAGUCAGAUUCUCAUGCAUUAUUUAUGGAGCUUUCUCGUUUGUUUUUUAAUGGAAAUCCUGAACUACACUUGGCAAAUUUCCUUCAUAUGAUCACAACCAUGGCAGAGUCAGGUUCAACUGAGGAGCAGACAGAGUUUUUCAUCUUAAAUAGCCAAAACGUGCCAAAGCUUCCUGAUGGAGAAUCUGUUUGGUGCCUUUCUUCUGUGCAUUCAUUGAUAGAAAGUGAUAAAUCACUUGAAACAAGUUUCAAUUCACCAGAAGUAGAUGAGCAAAACAGUUGGAAAUCCAAAAGUAAAGCACGGAACUGGCCUCCUGUUGAUUGGAAAAUUGCACCAGGGUUUGGGUAUGCGCGUGCCAAUGGUUUUAAGACACAGGCAGUUUCACAGCCUAGCACAGCCUUACAAAAUAAAGUGGGGGAUGAUUCUGAAGGUAUCAGCAGGCAAACAGAUGAUUUAACACCUAUUUCAGUUGACACUAUUUGGACCAUUGAAGGUUGUUUGGCAACAACAUCUGCGGCUUUGGUUUUGCCAGACUCCAAUCAUCUGCAAGAACAUUGUGGUGAGGCUGGCAAUGAGGCUGACUUUCCAAUGCAUAUGGAGUGUAAUCCUAUUAGUUUUGAUCUUGUGUCUGACCCAUCUGACUUUGGCUCAUCUAAUUUUAGCAAGAGAGAUCAGCUUAGAUUUGGUACACCCAAUUCAACACAAGCAAAUUUAACCGGGAGGCUAGGUGAGCUUGUUGCUUUUAAAUACUUUGUUCAGAAAGCCGGCAAAUCAGUUGUGAAGUGGGUCAAUGAGCAUCAUGAAACUGGGCUACCGUAUGACAUAGUUAUAGGGGACAAGGAAAACAGUAAAGAGUUCAUUGAAGUUAAAGCAACCAAGUCAGCAAGAAAAGACUGGUUCGAAAUAUCAAUGAGAGAGUUGCAAUUUGCGGUUGAGAAAGCUGAAGCUUUCAGCAUUGCGCAUGUCAUUCUAUUGGGUAAUAACGUUGCAAAAGUCUCAGUAUACAACAAUCUGGCAAAAUUGUGCCAGCUUCACAAACUGCGGUUGGCUGUCUUGUUGCCUGAGCAGCAGAGGGAAUUUUCCAUCGUGUCCCAAUCGGAGAAUAGAGGAAGAGGACAUCGAGGCUGGGUAACUGACAUUCUCUCUCUCUCUCUCUCUCUCUCUAACGCCAUGUUCGGGCACCCUCAUCACUUCCGAUCCCCAUCUGGCGGGCCACGGCAGCAACCGCCUCCACUUCAGCAUCCAUUCCCACAGCCUCUAAACCCCAAUUUCUCCCUCCAAAACCAAAACCAAAACCCGACCAAUUCAUCAUAUAUUUUGCCUCCAAACCCUGCUUUUCCAUCCCAUCCUGUCCUCAACCCCUACCCAGCUUUCCCAACCCAAAACCCUAAUUUCACUCCCCAAAAGCUCCCCAACUCUUCGUUUCGGCCUCAGACCUUACCUGAGAACCCGAGACUGAAUGUCGAUCCCCAACAGCUCUCGAAUUCAGCUUUUUCGCCGCAGAGCUUGUCUGAUAACCCGAAUGUCGGUCCUCUCCAGCACCCCUCGAAUUCAGCGUUUUGGCCAAAGGAGAUGCUGGAGAGGAUCGACGGCGCCGCGGAAAAGGCUCGCGCUGAACUCGUCGCGGCUGGAAGGAGCGUCUCUGCGUGGAAGGUCUUGGAGUCUGCGCUUCUGAUGCUCAAGGUUGAUGCUUGGAGCUCUCUGAUGCUUCCAAUGCACCAAGUGCCGUCUCUUCACCGUCUAAUGCUCACUGAAGGCAGGAUAAAUUCAUAUAUCCAUUGCUUUGUUGGGGUUCGAAAAAUUACUUCAUUGUAUGAUUUGGAACUAGCAAUCUGCAAGAAUGAGAAUAUUCAGCAGUUUGAAGAGCUGGGAUUAGGCCCUUUGUUGCUGCACCCACUUGUUUUGCAUUAUUUCCAAGUGAGUUCUGAUACAACUGAAGUGUUUAAGAUAACUAGUGAGGAAAUAGUAUUUUUACUCAUUGGAUUUCAAACACAUAAACGUGAAGUUACGGACGAUUCUGUUGAAGAAUUUUUGGAUUUUAUUGUUAAGAGGCGAUCAGUUGCAAGCAAGGAAAAGCUCGGAAUUCGAAUUUGUAGCUUGGGGGUGCAUGUUUCUUACAUCCUUGAAGCCAAGAAGUUAGAACGUGCUGCUCUAAGGAAAUCCAAAAAGGAAUUAAGACUGUGGCGCUCUAGGAAGAAGCCACCAAUUUUCUCCACAUUGAAAAAGCGGCUAGAUAAACAUUUUUGUGCCAUUUCUCAGCAAGCUGAAUUGUUUUCUGUUGUGCACAAGGAUUUUUGUGUUAAGCAAGAUAGGUUUGUUCCUUCGAGCUCAAAGCAUGGAGGUAAUAGGGAUUAUUCACAUGAAGAAGAUGACAAAAAUAAUGAUGAUGUUACAGGCAGUCAGGUUAACUUUUCAUCACAAUCUGCUAAAAUCUCUGAAAGAGCGAGUAGCUGUGCUAACUUGUCAGCAAUAGAAGAGAGGUGUUGGCUCGAAUCGACCCACAUUUCUCCAGUUAGUGAAAGCCCAAAGCAUAAUGAGGGUAAUGGAUCUGUUAAAAAAAAAAGAAAAUACGGAAAUCUAAGCAGCCCCAUCUCUGUGCCCAUAAAAUUGCGUAAGAGUGACAAGGUAGAUCAGAUGUUCUUCCUACAAAGAAUGGCUGUGGAACAGAGGAGUUUAGUGAUGUGCAUAUAA